UUCCCGUUGCUUCUUCCCACCCGUCCUCAUCAUCACUACUCAACGAGCAUUGGGAGCCUCACGGUUCAACGAUGUUAUUGUAGCUCAGCUUGGUUUACGAUAACUAGCAACGCCGAAACAAUUGUAUCUGACAGACGCCGCUGCCUCAUUGUUCGCUUUGCUUAUAUUAGACUUGUGUUUCUAGCACCGGGGGUGCUCCUUAGGGAGAGAAAAAAGCGCCUACUGGGCUUCAGUGCGGAGAAAAAAAAAAGAGGUGGAGAAGAGGACCGAGCUAAGUCGGGCGUGGUAAAGAAAGAAGAAAAAACUAAUCUUUGUUAGCAAAACUUCGAAAAGUUGCACCCACAAUGUCGCUGUCAGUACCGCAGAACGGAGUAAAGGCGGAUAACGAACCCGUUAUCGAGCUGUUUGUGAAGGCGGGAAGUGAUGGAGAGAGCAUCGGGAACUGCCCUUUCUCCCAGAGGCUCUUCAUGAUCCUGUGGCUUAAAGGAGUCGUCUUCAACGUCACCACGGUGGACCUCAAGAGGAAGCCUGCAGACCUCCAGAACCUGGCCCCUGGCACACACCCACCCUUUAUCACCUUCAACGGCGAGGUCAAAACUGACGUCAACAAGAUCGAGGAGUUCCUUGAGGAUGUCCUCUCCCCACCCAAGUACAUCAAGCUUGGUGCAAGACACCCCGAGUCAAACACAGCUGGUAUGGACAUCUUUGCCAAGUUUUCAGCAUUCAUUAAGAACUCAAAACCAGAUGCAAAUGAGGCUCUGGAGCGCGGCCUCCUGAAGACCCUGCAGAAGCUGGACGAGUAUCUGUGCUCACCACUGCCUGACGAGAUCGACCACAACAGCAUCGAGGACGUCAAAGUGUCCAACCGCAAAUUCUUGGACGGUGAUGAAAUGACCCUGGCUGACUGUAACCUGCUGCCCAAGCUGCAUAUAGUCAAAGUGGUGGCCAGGAAGUAUAGAGGCUUUGACAUCCCCAAAGAGAUGACGGCCAUCUGGAAGUACCUGAACAUCGCCUACACGCGCGAAGAGUUCACCAACACCUGCCCCAGUGACAAAGAGAUUGAAAUAGCCUACGGAGACGUAGCCAAGAGGCUGGUCAAAUAAGCUCCUCUGUCCUUACCUCCAUCCCUCUGCCCCUACCCCCCCACCCCCUCCUCUCUACACACCUCCCCUCCCCAGCACUGGGACUGAUGUGCUCAUUCACGAGAAAGAAAAAAACUCUGGACUUCUUUUCCUUCUCUCCUCAUCUACAGCGACUCCAAAUGCAUGAACCCUUUUUUUGUUUAUUUUUUUUCCUCCAAUUAUUAUUAUUUUUUUUUGAUUCAGCAAAAGGUCACCAUUGUUCCACCUUUCAUCGUUAAUUGCUUUUGCUUUUCAUUUGCUGAUGCGUCUCGUGAGGCGACGGAGAAGCAGCCAGACACGUGUAUCAGUGCUUAUCAACGUCGGGAGCGUCGUCAAACACGCUCCCUGAUAAGUGGCCUUCAAGCAGACCUUCCCUCUGCGUGCAGGGGAAAGGUCACAAGCUGUUGUUGAUUUUUAUUUUAUUUUUUCUGUUCUGUCUGUAUAAUAUUGAAAUAGCUCUUUCUAGGAUUGCUUUAAACUGAGAUGCAGUUUUCUUCCCUGUCUUUUGGCUUAUUAAGAGGCAUUGUAAACAGUGUAGAAGCUAAUCCAAACCUGAGUGGUUCACAUAUCAAGUGAGAGAUGCUUUAUGUUAUUGUUGAGCUGCUUAAAAUAAAUCAAAAAUAAUUGUAACUGCAGGUAAAGCUACCCUAGUAUCCAUGCUCUGAUUUCAUCAUUGCCUCAAAUAGGCAAAAGCCUGGUAGCUCAGUAGAAUUGUAGGGAAUUUCCUGUACCGGCUGCAGAAGUAACAACUCAGGACAAAUCUAACCUGAGGUCUAAGAAAUAUUUAACCACAUGUAGCUUACAGGCAUUCAAGGAGGUGUAGAUGUCUAGACUGGCCUUUUGUUAAUCACCACAGAAAAGCUCGCUAACUCUUUCUUCUCUUGUGAAGCAUGAAGGAAAGACUUUGGUCGUGUUGACCGUAGCGGUAGUUUGGAUUACACAUGGCGGACUAAAAGAGGCACAUUAUACUGGUCUCACUGUGGAUAGGAUGACUCUGGCUAUGUAAAAAUAAUAAUAAUUAAGAAAGAAACCACACUUUGUUUCCUUCUACCUAGCAUACAAAAUGAAGGACACAAAUGUGCAGUCGUGCACCAGGAAAGACGACUUGAAGAUAUUUAUGACAAAACCAAUGAGGAGAAUAGCAAUGAGACAAAUGCCUUUUCUCUUGAGUAUGUAGAUUGAUCUCUAUGGUAGUGAAUGUAUGAUACAGUAGCUCCAAAAGUGCUUUAGUGCGGAAUAAGCAAAACCUGUUUUUGUUUUCUCCCGUUUGCCAUGUUUUUUUCAAACAUUUGUUAUGACAUACAUUUGAUAAAAAAGGAAUUGUAAAUAUUUGUUUGAUUGCUCAGAAUUCAAUGUGUCAAUUUUAUACAUAUCUGAAUUUUGAGAAAAAUGGGCUCAUUUCUUGCCUGCUUGGAUUUUUAACUCUAGAUAAACCAUCUCCACUUUGCCUUACUUGUUUUUUUUUUUUUCUCUCUGCGGAUGUUUUGCAGAACGGUUAUUUGGAGAUCAUUUCAUUACGACACAAUUGUGAUGUACACAGAAAAUUCCCAAGCUAUAUCAUGGCUUUUUUUUUUUUUUUUUUAACAAUAUUGACUGAAUUGAAAUAAACUUAUUGGCACUUGA